CACACCGUGCAGGAACUGAAGGGGGGUGGGGUGCUGGGGGCUUAAAAAGAGCCGUUAAUGAUGGGGAUGCUGUCAGCUCCACUCCCACAGAAACUCCUUAUUGCAGAGUUGACAGAGUGCAUGCGCGCGCAGGUGUGUGCACUUGAUCAGACGCAAAACGGUCGAAUUCUCAUUAACCCCCCUCCCCCCACCACCAUCACCACACUCCUCUCCCACCUCUCUCUUACUGCCUUUGUGUUGUAUCACGCGCGCGCACAGGGGCUGGAAAAGCCACGGCGUUUCUGCGGGUGCGCACGCCACUGAGGAAAAAACUGCAUGCAAGCCUCUCAGAUCCGUGUGCGCGUGCGUCCCUCCACGGGUGGAGUGUGAGGAGAACACACACACACACUGUGACUGGCAGAGAGCGAGCAAGAGAGAGAGAGGGCGCGCGCGAGAGCGAGAGAGAAAAUAUGAAACAACUCAUUUGCAAAGGAGUAAAUCACGGAAAAGCGUUUGAGAGCGCGACACUGCUCCCGCUUCCAGCACUUACACAGGAACUGUAAUGCGCACGAGCCCUCCCUCCUCCUCUGCUUCAUCCCCCUUCUUCUUCUUCUUCUCCGGAGCCCUCAUGGAGACGCUGUGACUGUUGUUCUUGCCGCUGUGGUUUGCUCUGGCUGCUCACCGUCGCUCUUAGCAGCCGGCAGCCGCGCGCCUGUUGUGGCUGUGAGGGGAAACACCACAACGACGGUCACCGACACCGGCGGUAGACCUGCAUUGCCUGCCAUCCCCCCACCCGCCUUGGUCUCUGUGUGUUAUUAGGUCUGCCACAAAAAAACCAACAACACACACCUGAAAGCCACUCUGACUCCGCGGACUCGAACACAACACAAGAUGAGUUCGUAUUUUGUAAACUCGCUCUUCUCCAAAUACAAAAGUGGGGAUUCGCUGCGUCCGAACUACUACGAGUGCGGGUUCGCUCAGGACCUGGCCGGCAGUCGGCCCACCGUGGUGUACGGCCCGGGCUCCGGGGCCACCUUCCAGCACGCGCCGCAGAUCCAGGACUUCUACCACCACAGCGCCUCUUCGCUGCCCAGCAACCCGUACCAGCAGAGCCCCUGCGCGGUCACAUGCCACGGAGAGCCUGGAAACUUUUACGGAUACGACGCCCUGCAGAGGCAGACUCUUUUCGGGGCUCAGGAAGCAGAUCUGGUCCAGUACAGCGACUGUAAACUGGGGGGCGCGACGGGGCUCGGCGGCGAGGACGCGGACGGAACCGAUCAGAGUCCUUCGCCGACGCAGCUGUUCCCAUGGAUGAGGCCGCAAGUAGCUGCGGGCAGGAGGCGAGGCCGGCAGACCUACAGCCGCUACCAGACGCUGGAGCUGGAGAAGGAGUUCCUCUUUAAUCCCUAUUUGACCCGGAAGCGCCGCAUCGAGGUGUCGCACGCGCUGGCGCUCACGGAGCGGCAGGUGAAGAUCUGGUUCCAGAACCGCCGGAUGAAGUGGAAGAAGGAGAACAACAAGGACAAGUUCCCCAGCAGCAAAAGCGAGCAGGAGGCGGUGGAGAGGGAGAGGAGGGAGAAGGAGCUGCGGGAGAGCGGCGGAAGCAGCGGCGGGGAAGGGGGCGGGGGCGCGGGCCCGGUGCCGGUUGCGGGCACGGCGACCUCACAGGGCUCCGGGAGCGAGGACUGCUGCGACAAACCCCACAAGCAGAUGUAGAGUAGGAUGAGGG